ACAAGAACCGCGCGAAUAGCCACCACAAGGCAUAGCAAUAGACACAUCAGAUGAUGCAACAGCAGCGUCACGACAAUGAGAACCUUACAGUGGCACAUACAAUUACACUCCCAUGCACUUGCAGCUUCCGCUUUGCACACGCCGCUUAACUGUCAUCCCACGCCUACCCCUGUCUCGCUUAGUGCACGCCUUUCCUCAACCGCUCUAGCUUUGCCAGCCACAUGCUCCACAGCCGAAGAUGACGAAAGCUGUCUAGCAGUCAGCCCCUGCCAGCCACUCUUGCUCGCUCCACUCUUGCUCGCCACACGUGGAUUAGGCAAUCCAGCGACGCUGAUCACUAGAAGAACUACACAGCCACGAGCGCCUCUCCAGCGCCUCUCCACAGCUGUUUCGUCAACCUAACCCCUUCCACCUAAGCACGUAGUCUGAAGAGAUGCGAUAGAGGAUCUGCGAUUGUAGCCGUAGCCUCUGGCCCAACACUGCUUACGUCGUUUGCACGCUAGACCAACAUAUCCUUCGCUGUCUCGCUGCCUAUGACCACGCAUUGGAUGGUGUUGGGCUCUUCGUCGCCCUCGAAGUCGUACUGGACCCACCCUGUCUCUCCACCAGCACCUACAAGUACAUGCCUCUUCUC